UCUUAGUCCAACUUAACCAUUUUUGUUGCCGAGUCCAUUGCAUCUCACAAACUCUUGACUUCAAACCCUCUCUCUUAUUAUCUCCACACACACAUUUUCUUUAAAACAAAUUUGUGAGAAUGAAAAAUGAAGUUAGAGUUAGAUGACUCUCCUUUGAUACUCAUCUAACCACUUUCUUUGUCCCUCAAACACCUUUCUCCAUAAUAAUUAUAUAUAUAAUUAUAUAAUAUUAUUUUUAUAUCAUCUCACAAUUAUGGAAGAAGAAGAUAUUGCUAAUAAUGUUGAAGUUCCACAUUCUUCUUCUCAAGUCAUGUCAUUUAAUGGAAAAAGACUAAUCAUGGAUGAAGUUGAUUUCUUUGCUCAGAAGAAAAUGAGUCCAGUUCAUCAUGACCAAAGGAUGGAGCAUCAUCACGUAGAUACUAGUACUAGUACUUUGGAUCUUCUCACAAAGAUUUCUCUUUGCAACAAAUCAACAAUGGAUGAUGGAGAAUAUUCCGAAGCAACAAUUAGGAACAAAAAUGAGUGUGCUGCUUUGGUAGCUGAAUUGCACCAAAUGAAUGUUGAAAAUCAACGUUUGAAAGAGCUGGUUGAUAAGCUGAGAAUUGAUUGCAAUACCCUAGAAGAGCAUGUUCUGCAGUUGAAGCAAAAACAGUAUAAACAAGAGAUUAAUGAUGAAGCAACUGAAGAUAAGAAAAGGAAAAACAUGGUUGAGUUGAUGGAGUGUGAUAAAAAGACUCAAAAGAUUUGCAACAAUGGAGUUAUACAAGAGAAGAUGGAGAAGGAUGAUAAUGAGAUUCCACAAGCUAUGAAAGGAUUUCCAGGGUGGCUCUCAAACAAUGUUUCAAGGUUGAAUUCUUUCAAGGGUGUUGAUGAUCAAGGAACAGAAUCAAUGAUUAAAAAAGCUCGUGUAUCAGUUAGAGCAAGAUCAGAAGCUACUAUGAUUUCAGAUGGAUGUCAAUGGAGAAAAUAUGGACAGAAGAUGGCAAAGGGAAAUCCAUGUCCAAGGGCUUAUUAUCGUUGCACAAUGGGGACUGCUUGUCCAGUUCGGAAACAAGUACAAAGGUGUGCUGAAGAUAAAACUAUAUUAGUACAAACAUAUGAAGGACAACAUAACCAUGCUCUACCACCAACAGCAAAAGCAAUGGCAUCAACAACAUCAGCAGCAGCAUCACUUCUUCUUUCAGGACCAUUAACAAGUGCAGAUGGUUUAAUAAAUCCAACAAUCUUAGAAAGUGCAUCAAUCCCUGGUUCACAUAACAUGGCAACACUUUCAGCUUCAGCACCAUUUCCAACUAUUACAUUAGAUCUCACUGAAGAAGCUACUAAAAAUUCGUCACAACAAAGUCAAUUUAAUCUCAUUCAACCAAUUUUGGCUCAGAAGUUUAUGUCAUCAUUAAAUGUUUCUGGAAUGGAAAAUGCUUCAUUUGCUGAUACAGUUAGUGCUGCAACUGCUGCUAUGACUUCUGAUCCGAAAUUCACAACUGCUCUUGUUGCUGCCAUAACUUCCAUCAUUGGAAAUUCAAAUUCAAAUAAUAAUGGUACUGCAAAUGGUACAAGUGGAGACCAAUAAAGCAACAAUGCUUAACUAUUCGACUUCAAUUGCAAAUUGCAAUAUCGGACAUGGUUUUAAAUUGCAGUCUGUAAUCGCAAAUGUGGCUGCUAAUAACGGUUUUUGAGGUCUCUGCAACGGCAUCGCAUUGUGGUUGCAUUUAUCAGUAUUUUACCGCAAUAAAAAGGUUCGCAUCAGAAUUGUUAUCACAACUGCAAUUUAAAACCAUGUUUGGAAUGCGUAGUUUAUGAUUUUUUUCAUGUCUUGUUGGGUAGAUGAAAGGGAAAAAAAAUUGUCAUUCUUUUGUAUUAGAAGGACCUCACAUUGAUUCAUUGUUGUCUUUACUAUUCAUUUGAACUAUGCUUUGGUUCUAGAAUUAGAACAUCUCAUCUUUGAUUAUAUCUUGAAUGAA